AUGGAUUAUGUAUAUAUUAUAGGUACAAAUGUAAAAUUAACUGCUUGGGUUACUGAUUUGAUGACUGGUGCACCUGUUAAUCAAGCUACUGUUUCUGUAUUGAACAAGAAAAACGAGACAAAUCAUCAAGGUUUAUGCACAAUUGUCAACCGUCAGUCUGAAACUGAUCAAGAAGGUGAAACGUACUUCACACGAAACGAAACAUUAAUCAUAAAAAAAGGUAAUGAUCAAUGUAUGAUAACAGAUAUUUAUUCUUAUACAUCAAAUCCAAAUAUUUAUGUCUGGCAUGUCUUCAAUGAUCGAGGUUUAUAUAAACCAAAGGAAGAUGUGCAUAUCAAAGGUUAUAUUCGUUUAUUGGAAGUUAAAGGUGAUGCAAAAUUACCAACAUAUGCUCAAGGUACUGUUGAUUAUACCGUUUAUGAUCCUCGUGGUGAACAACUUCAACAAUCCGAAAUUCAAUUGAAUAAUUAUGGUGCAUUUGAUAUCAAAUUUACAUUACCUGAUAAUGUGAAUUUAGGUAAACUUCUAUAUUGUAAUGCAUCAGUAAGAUUCAGUUUACCAGAUUCACAAACUGAAACAACACAUUAUUUCAAAGUUCAAGAAUUUCGUCGACCAGAAUAUGAAGUAUCGUCAAUGACUCGACCAUCAACAGUACAUUAUUGUCAUCCAACUGAUGAUCAAUACAUCAUUACUAGUUGUCAAGGAAAAUUAUUUACUGGUGGUUAUUUAAAUGAUGCCAAUGUUCAAUGGACAGUACGAGCAGAAACAACAAAAUUUACACCAGCAAAAAGAUCGGAUUAUAUAUUUGGCCGCGGUCGGUCGUUCUUUUGCUGGUUUGAUAAUAAUGAUAAUCAAAUCACAUAUCCAGCCAAACAUUUUCAAGGUAAAACAGACAGUAAAGGUACACAUGAAAUAAAAAUUACGUAUCAUGGUAUUGAAAAUGAGCCAAGACCAACAAUGGUUCAUGCAUUGGCAGCUAUUACUGAUUUAAAUAAUCAAACACAAGAAACAGAAACUCAAUUUCUUAUUCAUCCAUGCACAUAUUAUGUUGGAUUUCAAUUGGUCAACAAUUAUGGCAAGAAAGAUCAACCUGUACAAACAAAAGUCAUCGUUACAGAUAUUGAUGGAAAUUUAAUUGAUAAUGUAUCAAUUGAAUGUAAAAUAGUUGGUAUUGGUAAAGAAAAAAAAGAAGAUGAGAAUGGUUUAACAGUAUUCGAAAACGUCAAAGACGAAAUAUUAAUAACUGGUGUUAGUUCAAAUAAAGAUGCAAUCAAUAUGGAAUUCACUCCAAUAUUAGGUGGCAGAUACAAUAUAUCAUAUACUGUCAAAGAUGAACAAGGACGAUCAGCGAUGAGUUUCUACGAUGGUCUUUAUAUUGCUGGUGGUAGUGGACAAGAAAUGGAGAGACAAAAGGUAGAAUUUGUUCCAACAGAUACAUUAACUAUUAUACCCAAUGCAACAAAUUAUCAACCAGAUGAUACAUGUGAAUUAUUAAUCUUAACACCUUUUAGUCCAGCUCAUGGUCUUGUUAUGUUCGAUAGUGAAGGUCAAAUCUCACAACCAAUCCAAUUUCGAGUUGAAUCGGGCAAAGAUUCAACAACAGUUGAAUUUAAAAUAUCAAAAGAUUGGAUACCAGGUUUUACUGCUCAUGUUGAAUUGACCGGUUCGAUUCCAAGAGAAACGGAAACAACUAAUUCACCACCUCGUCCAGCCAUCGCUGUUGGUUCAGUAUCAUUGGAAGUCUCUCGCGAUAUCUAUAAACUAGACAUUUCAGUCAAUACUAAAGGAACAAAUAAAACUUAUAUACCAUCAUCAACCAUUGAAAUUGAUGUCGAUGUGACACAAUAUACAAAUAAAGCACCGGUAAAUAAAGCUGAAGUAUGUUUAGUGGUUGUUGAUGAAGCCAUUUUAUCAUUAACUGAUCAUAAAUUAACGAGUCCAUUAGAUAUAUUUUAUCCGAGUCGAUCAGCAACUAUUACACAACACCAUGGUAGAAAUCGUUGUUUAUUAUUCAAUAUACAAGAUAUAGAACAAUUUAAGAAAAACAUACAGGAACGACAAAAUGAAAAUAGGGUUUACGCAGGUUGCGGCAUGCGAGGAAUGAUGAUGAAGUGUAUGGCUAGUCCAGAAGCUUGCAUGUUUGGAGCUUCUCUCAGUGCUUUUGGUGGUGCUGGUGGCGAACAAACAAUUGCUGUUCGAUCGAAUUUUAAUCCAUUAGCAUGUUGGGUACCAUCCUCUAUGACUGAUUCAUCAGGACAUGUUUCAUUUAAAUUCCAAUUACCUGAUAAUCUUACACGCUAUCGUGUUUGGGCUAUCACUACAACUGAUAAACAAUAUGGUUUAGGUGAAAUGGCAUUUACAGUACAACUACCAAUUAUGAUUCGACCAUCACCACCAAGAUUUCUUAAUUAUGGAGAUACAGCUCAUUUUUCAGUAGUUUUACAAAAUCAAACUGAACAAUCAUUAUUAUUACAUGCUGGUUUACAAGUCAAUAAUGCCAAAUUAAUCACGUCACAAGGUGAUGCGCUACGAGUGGGUUAUGCAAUCGAAUUACAAGCAAAUAAACGAAUAGCAGUUCGAUUUCCUGUAUCCACCAUUCAUUCAGGUACAGCUCGAUUUCAAUUUAUUGUCAGUACUGUCGCUAAUGAAACAUCCACAUCAUCAUUUGGUGAUGCUAUUGAAUUAAGUGUACCUGUCUUUACACCAGCAACAUCUGAAGCAUUUGCAUCCUAUGAUGAUAUAGCUGAAGAAGGAGUCGUUUUACAACCAAUCAAAACACCUGAAAAUGUCAUUCCACAAUUUGGUGAAUUAUCCAUCUCAACAAGUUCGACAGCAUUAGCUUCAUUAACGGAUGCAAUUCUUGCACUCUAUGCUUAUCCAUUUGAAUGUACAGAACAAUUAAGUUCAAGAUUAUUAGGUAUACAAUCAUUAUGGGAUGUUUUACAAGCUUUUCAAUGCAAAGAUUUACCUGAUGUAUCAGUCGUGCAAACGAAAUUACAAUCAGAUCUGAAUACAUUAAAAGGGCGUCAAUUUCCUAAUGGUGGCUUUGGUUAUUGGACAAAUCGUAGUGAUUCUUAUGCUGAACCAUUUAUGAGUGUUCACGUAGCACAUUGUUUAGUUGUUCUUAAGAAAAAACAGGUAUGGAAUGUCGACAUGUCUAUGAUGGAUGGAGCACUGAAAUAUCUGACAAAUAUUGAAUCUGAAAUAAAUCAAUUACCCUAUACUAAAUAUUGGUCUGAAACAACUCGAUUUGGUUUGAUCAGUUAUGCAUUAUAUGUACGAGCAAAAGAUUCUCAAAAUGUUGCUAAUGAAGCAGUAGCAUUAUUUGCGCGAACUGGAUUUCAAAAACUUAGUUUAGAAGCUUUAGGAUGGCUAUUAGUUGCAUUAGUAACUGAAAAAAAUAGUAAAACAGAUCAAUUAAUUGGAAUAAUAUAUCAACAUUUAAAAGGUAAAGUAAGUGAAACAAGUGAAACAGCCAAUUUUAUCACAUCCUAUGGUGAUGAUGGUCAAUCCGUUAUGUUACAUUCAAAUCAACGAACAGAUGCGAUUUUAUUAGAGGCAUUAUUAUAUAUUGAUCCAAAUUCAUCUCUUUGUACGAAAAUAUGUAAAGGUUUACAAGCACAUAAAGUGAAAGGUGCAUGGAAAUCGACACAAGAAAAUUGUUUUGUAUUAAUUGCAUUAGAAAAAUAUUUUCAUACAAAAGAAAAAGAUACACCUGAUUUUGUUGUUAAUAUUUGGUUAAAUAAUGAUUAUUGCGGUCAACAUCAAUAUAAAGGUCGAACAACGGAUACACGUAUGGUCAAUAUUCCAAUGAAAGCAAUUUUAACACCAUCAUCUAACACAAAUACCAAUGAGAAGAAUAAGAAUUUAAUCAUGCAAAAAGAUGGCCAUGGUCGAUUAUAUUAUCGUAUUGCAUUAAAUUAUGCUCCAUCUAGUCUACAAAUAAAUGCCGUAAACUAUGGUUUUAAAAUUGAACGAACCUACAUGGCUGUGGAUGAUCAAUCCCAUGUUGAAAAACAAGCCGAUGGAACAUGGAAAUUUAAAUUAAAUGAAAAAAUCAAAGUCGUAUUAACCAUGACAACAGCACAAAUGCGCUAUCUUGAGGGUGAUGGUGAUCAUAAUUCUUCCUACCCUCACCACCCUUCCCCUUUACCUGGCCUCAUCACAGAAUAG